AAGAAGGGGGUCUUUGCCCAUUCUUGUUUCACUUUUGGAGCCCGGGCGCCCGCUCCCUAAAGACGCUGCGCGCCGUGCCCGCCUGCCCUCAUCCCCAUGCCUCCGUCUGCCCGCUGACUUUCGGCUGCCGGACUCUCCCGCUGGAGCCUACCGGAGCAGAGGGGGGCGACUUGGCUCCGAGACUCGGCAGGGAUUGCGUCCCCAGUCUCCUUCUGCAGCAGCCACAGCGGGGCAACUCUGCGCCCGCCCGGAGCGUGCGACCCACGACGCCCAGCGGCAGCCACAGGGACUCGGAGGGCGGCGGCCCGGGACCCGGAGGGCGGCGCGCUCCCUCGCUCAUGAACUGUAUGAAAGGCCCGCUGCACUUGGAGCACCGAGCAGCCGGGACUAAGCUGUCGGCCGCCUCCGUGUUGGCCUCCUGUCACCAUCCCCAACCCUUAGCAAUGGCUUCGCUGCUGGCUCCGGGCCAGCCCCGCUCCCUGGACUCCUCCAAGCACCGGCUGGAGGUGCACACCAUCUCCGACACCUCCAGCCCGGAGGCUGCAGAGAAAGAUAAGAGCCAACAGAGCAAGAAUGAGGACGUGGGCGCCGAGGACCCGUCCAAGAAGAAGAGGCAGCGGCGGCAGCGGACUCACUUUACCAGCCAGCAGCUGCAGGAGCUGGAAGCCACUUUCCAGAGGAACCGCUACCCAGACAUGUCCACGCGCGAAGAGAUCGCCGUGUGGACAAACCUCACGGAAGCCCGAGUCCGGGUUUGGUUCAAGAAUCGCCGGGCCAAAUGGAGAAAGCGGGAGCGCAAUCAGCAGGCCGAGCUGUGCAAGAACGGCUUCGGGCCGCAGUUCAACGGGCUGAUGCAGCCCUACGACGACAUGUACCCGGGCUACUCCUACAACAACUGGGCUGCCAAGGGCCUCACAUCAGCCUCGCUGUCUACCAAGAGCUUCCCCUUCUUCAACUCCAUGAACGUCAAUCCCUUGUCCUCGCAGAGCAUGUUCUCCCCACCCAACUCCAUCUCGUCCAUGAGCAUGUCGUCCAGCAUGGUUCCCUCGGCUGUGACGGGCGUCCCUGGCUCCAGCCUCAACAGCCUGAAUAACUUGAACAACCUGAGCAGCCCAUCGCUGAAUUCCGCGGUGCCCACACCCGCCUGUCCCUAUGCGCCGCCGACACCCCCUUACGUGUACAGGGACACGUGUAACUCGAGCUUGGCCAGUCUGAGACUGAAAGCCAAGCAGCACUCCAGCUUCGGCUACGCCAGCGUGCAGAAUCCCGCGUCCAACCUGAGCGCUUGCCAGUACGCAGUGGACCGGCCCGUGUGAGCCAAGCGGCCGGAUCCUGGGACUCGCGGCUGGCCAGAGGGGCCACCCGCCCUGGAGAGACUGGGAAUUGCGCUAGCAGGUCUCGGGCACUCAAGAAAGGACAUAGAGAGGGAGAAAAGGAAACCACUGAAUUCAAGAGCGCUCCUUUGAUUUCAAAGGAAUGUCCUCGCCUUCUGAUGUUUUUCAGGAGAAGUAUUUCCAACAUUUGCAAGGACAGGGACACACAGAUGUUUGACUGGAUAUGACAUUUUAACAUGACUAUAAGCUUGUUAUUUUUUAAGUUUAGCAUUGUUAACGUUAAAAUGACUGAAAGGAUGUAUAUAUAUCGAAAUGUCAAAUUAAUUUUAUAAAAGCAGUUGUUAGUAAUAUCACAACAGUGUUUUUAAAGGUUAGGCUUUAAAAUAAAGCAUGUUAUACAGAAGCCAUUAGGAGUUUUCGCUUGCAAGCAAGGGAAUGUAUAUACUAAAUGCCACACUGUAUGUUUCUAACAUAUUAUUAUUAUAAAAAUGUGUGAAUAUCAGUUUUAGAAUAGUUUCUCUGGUGGAUGCAAUGAUGUUUCUGAAACUGCUCUGUACAACCUACCCUGUGUAUAACAUUUCGUACAAUAUUAUUGUUUUACUUUUCAGCAAAUAUGAAAAAAUGUGUUUUAUUUCAUGGGAGUAAAAUAUACUGCAUACAAA